ACAAGGCUGCAGGCUCACUUCAGCAACUCCACACUGACACAGAAACAGAGCUCCACACAGAGCUUUUAAAGGGAGAUGAGCAAAGCCACAGAAGAGUGGCAAGUCAGAAGAAAAUAAGAGGAGGCAGGGGAGGGGCCCUUAACACCAAACACUGUCAUAUAACGCAACAUUUCAAACACAAGACACAGACAGAGAGAGGAAGAGUGCAAACUGGACUAUUCUGCUAGCAAAGAACUCUUCACCACAUCACUUUAUCUCUGCUUUCAAACUGCUGGGACGGGACAAUGACAGAGGAAGCAGAGGUGGACUUCAACCUGUCUCCAACCUCCGCGUCUGAGCAACAGGCUCCACAUUUUCUACGAGAUGUUAUCUUCCACGGCAAGUUUAAGCUGCUGAAGGCUCUAACCCCAGAGGAAAACACCCACUGCCAGCAUGGCCUCUACUUCCAAGACGGCCAGCGCCGUGUUGAUUAUGUCUUCACCUACCCUGUGAAGAAGCCCGGUGGGGGCCGCUCCAGUCGACAGUCAGCACACCUGCUGACUGAAAAUGCUGUUGCCCGCAGCCUGCGCCGUGGCCCCCAUAGCCGUGACGAACAUCUUCGACAUCACGAAAAUCAAAGGGCCAGAGUCUCACCGUCCCUGCCAUCAUCACCAGCGGCCAACGUGGAGUUGAGCUGUCCGGGAGAGACCUUCAACAGCCAGGAGGAUCACAAGGCGUUCAGGAGGGAGGAGUUUGAAGGGAAACUGAGAGACACGGGGCUGGAGCUAGAGAAAGAGGAAGACGCCAAGAUUCCAGGGGUGGGCUUUGUGAAGAUUCAUGCUCCCUGGAACGUUCUCUGUCGGGAGGCUGAAUUCAUGAAGCUCAAGAUGCCCACCAAGAAGGUGUACGAAGUCAAGAAAUUGAGCGGUUUUGUGGAAAAGAUCAGCUCUCUGGUUAGUAAAGUUCUAGAGCCUCUCCACCCACAUGUUGAGGAACAUCGACCCAAGAACAUCAAACAUCUGUCACACACUUUCUCCAGGGAAAAGCAACACUUGUUUGACCUCUCAGACAAAGAUUACUUCUUUGACAGCAAAACCAGGAGUUCAAUAGUUUUUGAAAUACUAAAAAGAACAAAAUGCAAGGCCAUGUACAGCAUGGGUAUCACCAGCCUCCUUGGUAGUGGUAUCUAUACAGCAGCUUACCCUCUUCAUGAUGGAGAUAUUAAUGAGGAGAGUGCAGAGCCCAAUGACCGAAAGCUUUUGUAUGAGGAGUGGGCAAACUACAGUGUCUUCUACAAGUACCAGCCCAUCGGACUUGUGCGGAAGUAUUUUGGCGAGAAGAUUGGUCUGUACUUUGCCUGGUUGGGCCUUUAUACCCAGAUGUUGAUUCCUGCCUCUCUAGUGGGGGUCAUUGUCUUUCUGUAUGGAUGUGCAACAGUCGAUGACAACAUACCAAGCAUGGAGAUCUGCCACCCAAAGAACAACAUCAUUAUGUGUCCUCUGUGUGACAAAGUGUGCAGCUACUGGAAACUUAGUACUGCCUGUGGAACUGCUCGGGCCAGUCACUUGUUUGACAACCCUGCCACUGUUUUCUUCUCUAUAUUCAUGGCUCUGUGGGCUGCCAUGUUCAUGGAACAUUGGAAAAGGAGGCAGAUGAGGCUGAACUAUGAAUGGGACCUGACUGGGUUUGAAGACGAGGAGGAAGCUCUCAAGCACCACCUAUGGUUGGAUUUGGACCAGAGUUGGCAUGGUAGAUCUGGAUCACAUCCAGAGUUGGUCUAUGCAGUUUGGUGUCAGUGGAAGAACGUUUUGGACCACCCCAGGGCCGAAUAUGAAUUCAGAGUCAUGCAGAAGUCUAUGUGCAAAGAUCACAAAUCACAGAACAAGGUGGAAAAGCUCACUUAUCGAGACCGCCUCCCUGCCUACAUGACUAACGUUGUCAUGAUGCUGUUAAUGAUUGGUGUUACUUUUGCCAUUGUGUUUGGUGUGAUCCUCUACCGGAUCUCCACCAAAGCUGCUCUCCAUAUGAGCUCCAAUCCUAUAACACGGAACCAUGUACAACUGACGGUUAAAACCACUGCUGCCAUCAUCAACCUGGUGGUCAUCCUCAUACUGGACGAGGUGUACGGAGCUGUGGCACGAUGGCUCACUGUGUUAGAGGUUCCUAAAACAGACAAGAGUUUUGAGGAGAGACUCAUCUUCAAGACAUUCAUUCUCAAGUUUUUCAAUGCUUUCACCCCCAUCAUCUACAUUGCUUUCUUCAGGGGAAGACUGGUAGGCAGACCAGGCAGCUACCUGUAUGUGUUUGAAUCCUACAGAAUGGAAGAGUGUGCUCAUGGAGGCUGUCUGAUGGAACUGUGUAUCCAGCUGAGUAUCACUAUGUUGGGAAAGCAGCUAAUUCAGAACAACCUUUUUGAGAUUGGAAUACCCAAGCUGAAGAAGCUGAUUCGCUACAUUCGGUCAAAGCAAGGUGCUUUUCAAGAAGAAGAGAGACAGAAGAAGCUGCAGAGAUAUGAAACUGACCACUUUCUGGAACCAUUUGCUGGGUUAACACCUGAAUAUAUGGAAAUGAUUAUCCAGUUUGGUUUUGUUACGUUGUUCGUGGCAUCCUUCCCCCUGGCUCCGCUCUUUGCUCUGCUCAACAACAUCAUUGAAAUACGACUAGAUGCCAAGAAAUUUGUGACUGAGUUGCGAAGACCAGUGGCAGCAAGAGCCAAAGACAUUGGUAUAUGGUACAACUUACUAAGAGGGGUAGCAAAAGUGGCUGUCAUCAUUAAUGCAUUUGUCAUCUCCUUCACUUCCGACUUCAUACCUCGGAUGGUCUACCAGUACAUGUACAGCCCAGAUGGCUCCAUGCAUGGAUUUGUCAACCAUACGCUGUCCUAUUUUAAUGUCAGUCACUUCCAGGAUGGCAAAGAAACCAUGGAUCCGUUGCACCUUGGCUACCCCAUUGAGAUUUGCAGGUAUAAGGACUACAGAGAGCCUCCUUGGUCAACCACUCCAUAUGAGAUCUCUAAGGAAUUCUGGGCGGUGCUGGCUGUCCGACUAGCCUUUGUUAUUGUUUUCCAGAAUGUUGUGAUGCUGAUGAGCGACGUGGUGGACUGGCUAAUUCCAGACAUCCCUAAAGACAUCAGCCUUCAGAUCCAUAAGGAGAAGAUUCUACUGGUAGACCUCUUCAUGAAAGAAGAGCAAGGCAAGGUCCAUAUCCUUGAGAGCAGGGCCUCUACAGGGGGCAAGGAGAACUGCAGCAGGAGCAACAACAACAACAACAACAGCACAAUGGCUCACCCACGCUCCAGACCGGACACCAACAGCACCAACAGCUUAUAAUGCUCGUAACAGGGAUUUCUUAGUUCGGUCUUAGUUAGCAAGUCAAAACUUGCCAGCAGUCUGCUUGCUCAGGUUAACCUAAACUCUGUGUUUUUGUUCUUGUUCAGAACAUUCCAACAACUGGGAGAGCAGCUUGCUAAUGAGAUGUGAGGAAAGUAAAAGUGGGGCUGCAAUGUGUGUGGAGAGUUGUCAAAAUGUAUCCCAAUCCGUACGUGCAUUCACAUUUGUGAAUGUAUGCAACAAUCUCUAAAUGUGUACUCAGAUUUGUGAAUGUGUACAGAAAUCUUUAAAUCUAUAUUCAGCUUUGCACAUGUAAUGAAAUUUGAGAAGGUUUGCGACAAUAAAUCUUUA